AUGCCAGAAUCCAAUGUGCAACAAAUGAUUGGCAAACCAUCCUUCUCAAUAUCGUUUCCUAAACUGACAAAACUAGAAUUGUCUCUUUCGCAAAUUAUCAAGCUGAAGUUUGAGCCGACAGAAAUUACUCAGCUCAAAAUGCUAGUCCUUUCUGGUUUGAGCCUUGAAGAAGUAUCUGAGCUUCCCAAGACGUUGGCAAUUUUAUCAAUUCAAGGUUGUUCAUCAUUGAAAAGAUUGCCGACUGUCCAGGGCUUAAACAACUUAGCAGUGUUCAAGCUCUACCAUUCUGCGAUAGAAGAGAUUGAAGGGCUUGAAGGUCUCAAAGCCCUGAAGAGGCUAGAUAUAUCGAACUGCAAAAUACAGAAUCUCCAUGGGGUUGGCCGGCUGACCUCACUGAGAAGUUUAAUUCUAUCUGACUGUGAUUACCUCGACAGUUUACCUGAUCUUUCAAACUUGAAGUUGCCGAAACUUUUAGAGAUAAGACAAUGCAAAAUGAUCCAUCAAAUUGAAGGCCUAGAAGAAUUAACAUCCUUGGAAAAGCUGAAUAUUAGUGGAUGUCUGGUUGAGAACUCCGUGCAAGUACAGAAUGUGUUGAGGCAUGUAAUGGCACGUUCUACGGACACGUGA